AUGACGCCCGGAGACAGAGGCCGAGAGCCGCGGAGGUCAGACCGGUCGGACUGGUCCUGCACCCGCUCCAGUCCCCACACUCUCACCGUUAUUUCUGCCGCGCAUGCGCUGUGGCCGCCCUGUUUCCUGCUUCUACCUGAGCUGCUGCUGCUGCUGCUGCUCCAGAGACACCUCCACCUCCCGCAGACCCCGGACCCAGACCCGCUCCUCCACCGCACCGGAGAGACCCCCAGCGCGGCCCUCGGAGACCCCAGACACCCCCGCCCCCCGCACGGCCCACCGCACGGCUCCCGCACUUACCUGGAAUCACCUGAGCAGAGCCCGAGCCCACAGAUGCCGCGGGCCUUUCUGGUCAAGAAGUACAACGCUUCACCGGGAAAACGGAACUGGAGCGAGGUGUCGGACCAUGAGCGAGGCGACGUCUACAUCCCCGUGUCCGUCUUCCCGUCGUCCGCUCUGAUGAUGGAGGCUGAGGAUGCGGAGAGCGCCCCCUUGUGUCUGACCAAACCCUCUGCGAGCGACUCUCUCUCCACCACCGCCCAGCUCCCAUCAUGCACUGUGCUGGGAGAGGGCCCCAGGGCAGAGGGACCCAGGGCAGAGGGCCCCAGGGGAGAGGGCCCCAGGGGAGAGGGCCCCAGGGGAGAGGGCCCCAGGGGAGAGGGCCCCAGGGCAGAGGUGCAGGUGGAGAGCCGGAGGAGAGCCCAACAUGCAGGCAGCUCCUAUGUGCGCUCCAAGAUCAAGGUGACGACAGGCGAGUUGCCGAGCUCUGACCAAUCAACACCUCCGACUGUGACUUCCUCAAUAACCAUGGUAACCGAGACCACGCCCCCAAAACCAGCAGGCUCCGCCCAUCAUCUCUUCUGCCAUAUCUGUCAGAAGUCGUUCCAGUACCAGCGGAUGUUGAACCGUCACAUAAAGUGUCACAAUGAAACCAAGAGACAUCUGUGCAGCCACUGUGGGAAGGGCUUCAACGACACCUUCGACCUGAAGAGGCACGUCCGGACGCACACAGGUGUGCGUCCGUACAAGUGUGACCUGUGUGAGAAAGCCUUCACGCAGCGCUGCUCUCUGGAGUCCCACAUGAAGAAGAUCCACGGCGUCACGCUCAAGUACGCCUACAAGGAGCGGCGCAACAAGCUGUACGUGUGCGAGGAGUGCGGCCACACGGUGCCCACGCCCGACGAGCUGGCACUGCACCUGCACACGCUGCACCCAGACAGUGCGCUGCUCAAGGGCAAGGCAGGAGGGGGCGGGGCCAGAGGGCGAGAGCAGGACGAGAGCGACGACACAACGGGCUCCAACGACCAGUGA